AUGUCUGCCUCAUUAGCUGUUGAAGUAGAUAAUUUGACGUAUACUUUCCCUCAUAAUGAUAAACCUUCUUUGUACAACAUUGUGCUGAAUAUUCCGUGGAACUCUAGGACUCUCUUAAUCGGCCUCAACGGUGCAGGGAAGUCAACGCUACUGAAACUAUUAAGUGGUAAACAUCUUUGCUUAAAUGGAAGAAUACUAGUUAAUGGAUUAGAUCCAUUCAGUCCAAACUCAAUGCACAAGGACAAUGAAGAUGUCCAAAUAACUACAUAUCUGGGAACCGAAUGGUGCCAUAUGAGUAUUAUUGACAGAGACAUAGGAGUGUUGGAAUUACUAGAAAGUAUAGGUUAUCAUCAUUACAAAGAACGUGGUGAUAAUCUAAUUGAGAUUCUGGAAGUUGACGUUAACUGGAGGAUGCACAAAUUGAGCGAUGGCCAAAAAAGACGUGUGCAAUUAGUCAUGGGUUUACUAAAGCCAUUCAGAGUCCUGCUUCUGGAUGAAGUCACUGUGGAUUUGGAUGUCAUUGCAAGAUCAAGAUUGUUAACGUUUUUGAAAACUGAAACUGAGGUAAGAAAGUGCUCCAUCAUUUAUGCCACCCAUAUUUUCGAUGGGCUAGCCAAAUGGCCUGAUAAAAUCAUUCAUUUGAAAGAUGGUGCAAUAGUUUCUCAACUGAAUUACAAGGCGGACGUAGAAUUUGUUAAUGAUGUAGGUACUGGGAAUACCAACGGUAAAGUGACAUUCCAUGAACAUAAUAAACCUUCAGUCACCGUAACGAAGGUUAAUAGUCUACAUCCACUUGCCGUGGCUUGGCUUAAGAAGGAAAACUACAAAGUCGAGUAG